AUGUUAAAAAUUAAAAAUAUUACAAAAAAAUUAUUUAAUGGUGGUUACAAUAAUAAUAAUAAUUUAGGUUUAUCAACAAUGACAACAUUAAGUAAACCAUUUAAUAUAGUACCAACAUCGACAAUGGAAUUUCAAGAUAAUAGUAUGAUGAAACCUGUAUAUAAAGGACCAUUGACAAAAGAAGAAAUAGAACAUUUCAAUGAAAAUGGAUAUGUUGUAGUUAAAAGCAAAUUAAUUGAUGAUAGAUUAUUAACUAAUCAUCAAAUUGAAGUUAGAGAAUAUUUAAAGAAUAAUGCAUCCAUUGAUUUUGGUAAUACAACAAUUGGUUCAAUUCAAGAGUCUGAAUUAUUAUGGAAACAAGAGUUAAAGAUGGGAAAUGUUUCAAAUGGAUUCGGAGGUAUGGUUAAUUUUUAUCAUGGUAAAUAUGAAUAUAAAAUUAGAGAAGAUAAAAAUCUAUACGAUAGUUUUGUUCAACUAUUCCAAUCAACUUAUUCAACAACACCAAUCACCAAAGAUGAUUUAGAUCUAUCCUAUAACGAUGAAAAUGAAUGGCCAAAUGAAUAUGGUGAAUUUGAUCCACAACAUAUGUUUAUGUUUGUAAAUAGAUGUGGUUUUAGAAUACCAACAAUCAUUGAAGAUAGUAAUGGUAAUGGUAAUAGUAAUUGUAAUAGUAAUAAUAAUAAUAAAGUUAUAGAACAACAAAUUAAACUUCAAAAAGGUACAGGUUUACAUUUAGAUUGUAACCCAUUUCAUUUAUUUAGAGGUGAACAUUUAAAUAAAGAUAAACAAAUUGAACAUAUUCCUUUAAGAUUUUGGCAACCAAUUCAAGCAUUCAUUAGUUGCACUGAUACACCAAAACCUGGUCAAGGUGGUUUUUGGACAAUACCUAAAUUUCAUAAGAAAUGUGUAAAAUAUUUUAAUCAACAUAAAUCUCAAUUACAGCAACAACAACAAUCAUCAUCAUCAUCUGACCAUCAAAUACCAACACCAAUACCAACAGAAAUUUUAAAAAGAGGUAAUGCAUAUGAUUUUCAAGAUGGUCAACAUUUAGAUAUAAUUGAUCAAUUAAAGUAUAUUCCAAUUGAAAGAGGUGAUGUUUUAUUUUGGGAUUGGAGAAUGCCACAUUGUAAUGAUACAAUUCAUAUCGGUCCAUCAAUUAGAGAGGUGGUUUAUGCCGCUCAUUUACCAAUGGUACCUAUAAAUAUUCAAUACGCAGAGGCUCAAAAAAUUUGGUAUCAAACUGGAAAACAUCCAAGUUAUGUUGCUAAAAAAUUUUCAAAUUUAGAAACCGUUAACUAUUCACCACCUCAUUUAUCGGAUUUAGGUAAAAAAUUAUUAUCAAUUGAACCAUUUUAA